ACCCACUAGCCACAAUUGGCCAACUACGUGCGUAAAAGCUACCCCCCGUACGUGCGUAAAAACAGAAAGAAACGUCAGCGACUUCCACUCCCAACAACUUCUCUCCAACCGGUUCUCGAUAGCAACUACAACAUCAAUUGCAACCAUCAUGAGUAAACCACUUCAUCCAGCUACCGUGCACUUCCCCAUCACCGCUGCUCUUGCUACUGCGGCUCUUGAUGUCGUGUACUUUCUCUCGCAGUAUGGUCCUACAGCUACCAUUGUAGCUUCUACCUUCAAAAGCCUCGACAUAGCCCUGAGCCCUAGCCUCUUCCCGGUCCUCUCCUACUACACGACCAUCCUGACGCUCCUCUUCUCUAUUCCCGCCGUCCUGACCGGGAUCCCACAAAUGCUCCCGCUCAUCCAGCGCGACGGCUUCAAAACGAAGAAAGCACAGAUAGCUGUUGCGCACGCUGCCAUCAACUACUUGACGAUUGGAGGGGCGGCGUAUAAUUGGUGGACGAGGAGGGAGAACACCGGGUUCCUGCCGAGUGAGAUGAAUAUCCUGGUUUCUAGUGUUUUGGCCAUGCCGGCGACGGUGUUUGCGGCGGGUCUUGGGGGAUCGCUGGUUUACGUGUAUGGAAUGGGUAUGGGUGGUGGUGGUGGUGCUGCGAGGGCGAAGAAGGCGCAGUAGAUGGAGGUGCGGAGUAGGAGAGGCGGGAUAACGACGAGAACAGGGUACAGGAAGAAAUGACGAAUGUAUUACGUGGGUAUCAAACCUGAACGCUGAACAACAGUGCAGCGUAACAAAAGCAGAACAGCUCGCAUCGCAGCGGCUUCUACAAGCCAAAUUCAAGUAUAUCACAA